GCUGCCGCCGCGGCUGCCCAUGGAGGCCGCCGCCGCCGAGGCCGAGGCGCGGCUCCUCUUGCAGGAGGCUCGGGAAAGCAUCGAGGCGGCGCGGAGCUAUCGGCGGGAGCUGCAGCAGCGGCUGCGGGGGCUGCAUCAGGCGCGGGAGCAGAUCAAAGAAAGUGCAACACUGACCAGAGAUGUGCUUGAGCAGCAUUUUAGCGAUUUGAAAGGGACCCUGAAGAAGCUGCUGGAUGAACGACUGAUGUCCCUGCUGCARGAAGUGGAUGUGAUAGAGCAAGAGAGCAUCAAGCCCUUGGAUGAGUGCCAGAAGCUGAUCGAGCACGGMGUCAGCACGGCCGAUGAUCUGCUCCGUGAAGGAGAGAGUGCAGUCGAUGGAGAUGUGGGACAACAGAAUGAGAAACUUUGCAACUUUACAAAAAAAGCUUUACAUAUUCAGCUAGAUAGCUUACCAGAAGUGCCCUCCUUGGUUGAUGUGCCUUGUUUAUCUGCCCAGCUGGAUGACUGCCUCCUUACUAUACUGAAAAAUCAAAUAUUCAGACAUGGAACUGUGGCAUCUCGCCCACCUGUGCAGCUGGAGGAAUUUGUGGAAAAGCCUGGAGGUAUUUUAGUCCGAUGGUGUAAGGUGGAUGACGACUUCAUCCCCCAGGACUACAGGCUGCAGUACCGCAAAAGCACAGCCAGCCACUUUGAGGAUGCGUACGUGGGCUCAGAGACGGAGUUCAUCGUGCUGCACAUCGACCCCAACGUGGAUUACCAGUUCCGGGUGUGCGCCCGCGGCGACGGGCGGCAGGAGUGGAGCCCCUGGAGCRUCCCCCAGCUCGGCCGCACCACGCUGGUGCCACAUGAGUGGACAACUGGUCUAGAGGGUUACAGCCUGAGCAGCCGAAGGAACAUCGCGCUUCGGAAUGAUUCUCAGUCGUGUGGUGUGCUCUACUCCAAAGCUCCUACGUAUUUCUGUGGGCAAACAUUAACAUUCAGGAUUGAGACCGUGGGGCAGCCAGACCGCCGGGACAGCCUGGGAGUGUGYGUGGAGCAGCAGAACGGCUACGACUCCCUGCAGCGGGACAAAGCUGUGUGCAUCAGCACCAACGGGGCAGUAUUUGUAAAUGGAAAAGAGAUGACAAACCAGCUGCCUGCUGUUACUUCUGGCUCGACUGUGACAUUUGACAUGGAAGUUGUGCAGCUGGGACCCUGCAGCAACGAGGGAGGAAACUUCAAACUUCGAGUAACCAUCAGCUCCAACAACAGAGAAGUGGUCUUCGACUGGGUACUUGAUCAAUGCUGUGGUUCUUUGUAUUUUGGGUGUUCAUUUUCAUACCCAGGCUGGAAGGUUUUGGUGUUUUAGCAGUGAGUAAAGGGAUUUUUUUUGUUCUUGCUGUAAAGUGUAAUGUUAAAAGCUGAGUUUUCCAGCUGUUUGACAACAAUCUGGUAACAAAAUCUGUCUUUAUAGUACUUGAACUCCACUAUAUUGUACUUCGUACUGGAUUCAUUUAAACAAUAAUUGUGAARCAUUGGAUUUGUUACUCUGGAAAAAGCUAGAAACAAGCAUUUGUGUAGGCAAAUUAAUUUAAGCAGUUCAUCAGACCUUUCCUUUUUUUUUUUCCUCCAGACUUGAUUUUUGUCAGUAUUUCAUUGUACUCGUCUCAGGGUACGUGCGUUGUGUAGAAUUAACUUCGCUUAAAGCUGCUGCUCUGUGAAAUAAGCAUUUUAGGGGUGGUAAUGGACCAAAGUUGUAUUUCUACCACUCAGAGCACAGUGUUUAGAGCAGCAAGGUCCUGCUGUGCUUCCUUGUGCACGAUGCUGCCUUAGGAGUCUGAGUGGACGGCGGGGUCUGCCCGCAGCCKCACGGUACUGUUCAUCCCUCCAGAGCAGGGACAGCUGAGCCAGCCUGGGCUCAAACAUGGAGCCAGCCCSUUAUUGUCUCACUUAAGUGCCUUAUUUUGAUACUUCUUGAACUGUUUUACUUGGAAUGUUUUCUAGAGUAGCUGCAUGGUGAUGCUUACAUGGACCCUGCAAAGCUGCCUCAGCCAGACCUACAGCCAGGUCAGGAUGUUUUCCUGGUACACCCCAAUUGUCUUCCCUGGUUACAAUUCACAGGUCAGGAUGUUAUCCUGGUACACCCCAAUUGUCUUCCUUGGUUACAAUUCACAGGUCAGGAUGUUUUCCUGGUACACCCCAACCCUCUUCCCUGGUUACAAUCCACAUGUCACCUCUGUCACUGCAAGUCUCAGCAAUUUGGUACCUGGGCUUGACCCCUGGAUUAGCAGCUGAUUCCUCAGAGCUCUCCUAGCACUGAGAGACAGCACAAGUGCUGUGCUGAGGUGCAGGGUUCCUGGCAAUCCCAAAUUCUGCCUGGGAACACUGUGCAUUCAGGGUCCAAACACUGCAGACACACUGAGCUGGGGCUGCUGCUGGAGCUCCACUGGAGAGAGUUGGGCUUGGGGUGUGGGCUUCAGGCAGACCCGGCCUGGGUCUGAAUAGAUGGUGGCAAUUAAGCUGUCUCCACCAUGGAGUAGGAUGGGAUAAAAAAUAUGGUGAAUUAAAKGGCUUGUGAGUUCAGAAGUUUCAUAAAGUGACACCUUUUUCCUCUAAGGAACAACGAAGGUGGAUAAGCUCAGUCUCAAUGAGAGUCUGUUCCUGGUUGAAAGAUUGUAAUGCUACUGGAUUUAAAGAAUAUAAGUAACACUCACUGAGGGGUUUCUUACCUCAAAUUCAAUGAAAAUUAGAUAUAUUUUAUCAUGUUAGAAUAGCAUUAUUUUUAUAAAGCCUAGACAAUCAUACUGCCUUUUUUUCCUUCAGUAGCAACGUGCACAUUAGACCUCUAUGCUACCAUAAGCUUAGAGCAUAAAAGCUCAUUUUACAAUUAAUUAACAUUGCCCAUACUCACACAGUACAGAAAGAUGAGCCAUUCUGCCUGAAUUUUUCCCCAAGCAGUGUAGCAGGGGUAGAAGAAUUUCAGACAAGGAGAAUGGCUGUUGGUAUUUACACCAUCUACAAUAAAAAAAUCGUGUGGAUUUAGAUGGAUGCAAAGAGCCUGCACAAGGCACAAUUAGGUUGGAAUUUGUUGUAAGACAAAGCGAGGAAGGUUCAACUGCUGCAGGUCAGAUCAUCCACUGUCAGCAACAAAGGGCCUGCAGUACUCAGGAUUUUUCAAGCUUGACUAGUUCAGUGGUAGGGAAAAAGAGAAUACUGGCUUAUCGUGCUUUCAACGUUCCUUUAAUUCUCCUGUGAAGAGUGUUUUCAGUACUUUUACAAUAAGGUUCAGUAGAUGAAAGUGUCAGUGCUGCUCAGAGGGUCGGGCUGGCACUCCAGGUAGCAGCUGRCUUCAGUCUUGCUCCAUGUAGUGCUGGCAGUUUUACUUACAUCAGGUAUCAGGUACUAGUUGUAACUUAGUACUUUUACCACAUGGAAACUAAAAUUGUGAAUAUCCACAUUUCUGAGGUACCAACGGGUCAGGUACCUUUUCAUCUGCUUUUGGAGGGGCUGGUCAGACUGUAGAUUCUGCAGGAUAUUUACUUGCAUAUAUUAGAAAAUAAAGCUUAAACCUUGAAUUCAGGUACUUCCAGAGGUAGCAAUGCUGUGUCAGGUUGUUCAGAAUAAACAUAAAAGCAGCUGAAGGUGACUGUGAAGGGCCAUGGAGCCCCUACUGCUGCCCUGGAGAGCUGAGGAUGGUCAGAGGAGCUUUUCUGCCUUCAGGCUUCAGCUGAGUGUUGGACAAGGGCAGUUUGCCAGUGGUGUGUUCUCUUUUUGUUAUUGUGGUGUUUUUGUUUUUUAUUUGAACUUGGCACAAGCCUCGAUGUCCAAACUGCAAAUGAGGUACUUUGAGCCACCUCUUGGAGCUGCACCUUGUGAACAGGGGAGGAGUGAAGAAUCUCAGGGCAAGAGACCCGAGCACUAAACGAACAAAGGAUGCAAAAAAAAGCGGAAGAAGCUUGGACUAAAAAGUGUAAAUUCUGUUCUUCUGCAGCAGAGUUCAGCUGGAUGGAAAACUUGACACUUCCUGUACAAUUUGCACCUCUAGCUCUUGGAGCCCUGCAAGCAACAGAGUGUUAAUGGCUUAUGAAACCCAAUCCUCAAAGUUGUUUUCCUAAGCUAGUACAUUCACUUACCUCAACUAAGACUUACAUGUCAAGAGAAAUUUGAAUUUUUUUAAAUAAAAGUUUUAUCCCUCAA